AUGGGGCAGCCGGCUUCGAUGCCGCGGAAGAGUUCAGCCGACGUCCUGGAGCUCCAUGAAUGGUAUAGAAAGUUUGUCGAGGAAUGUCCCAGCGGCCUGAUCACCCUCCACGAGUUCCGCAAGUAUUUCUGCGACUGGACGGCGGGCGACGACUCCUCCGAGUACGCCGAGCAGAUAUUCCGCACGUUAGAUAACAACGGGGACGGUAUUGUAGAUUUCCGCGAAUACGUCACCGCCAUCAGUAUGCUUGCGCAGGGCACUCCGGAGGACAAACUCAAAUGGUCUUUUAAGCUCUACGACAAGGACAACGACGGAGCGAUCACCCGAGCCGAGAUGUUGGAGAUAAUGAAGGCGGUCUAUAAGAUGAGCGUUUCCACGUCGCUCACGGAGGUGAAUCCGCUGACGCCGGAGGAAUGUACUAACCGGAUUUUUAUUCGGCUGGACAAAGACAGAAACGCUGUGAUCAGCCUUCAGGAGUUUAUAGACGGGUCUCUCGAUGACGACUGGAUCCGGGAGAUGCUGGAAUGUGACCUCAGUACCGUGGAAAUGGAGCGGCCGCAGAAAUGUCUGCACCUGUUCCCCAGGACCUCGAGCAAAAGUAUCUUCCCGCAAACGCAGGACGCCGACUGCAAAACCCAACAUUAGGAUCCGGAGCC